AUACUAUUUCUAGGAGCUGUUUACAGCUUGUCAUGGCAGUUGGGAGCUGUCAAUGAGCUGCCUAGAAAUAUCUGGAAACAAAGCUUGUGAUUUGUUAGACAUGAACAAGGUGGUUUCUACAAGUGGUGAGGCCAGGGAGACAAAUACUUCCUUUGAGCGGAAGUAUGGCCUGGAAAAAGCCGGAAGUGUCCUCGGAAAAGCUGGAAGUGUGUACGGUAUAUCCGGCGGAAAUGGAUUCACAGAAGUCAAAUGUCACUCUUUGGCGGAAACUUCCAAAAAACUUCAAAAGGUUUUGUGUUUACGUAAGACUGGAUCAAAAUCCCAUUUUCUUUUAAAACUUCGACUUAAACACAAGGUUGAGGAGAUUAUGGAUGGAUGGAUUAACAUAAUUGAUCUGGCAAACAUUGAUCAGGAUACUGAUUCUUUGUUCAGGAAAUCCUACCAAGUGUUGCAAGACUGCAUAAAAGCAAGAUUGAGAGCGCAGUACACACCACAUAGAUACAUCACAAUACCAUAUCAGGCUAGCAAGCUGACCCAGCUCUUGAAAGAAGUGUUCAUUCUUGGUCCAGGAAGACAAGUCAGUUUUCUUGUUAUAGCUGCCUUCGGUCCCACUCUACUGGAUACACAGAGUAAUAAAGAGCUCGGCAAGUACUUCGCAAGUUUGAAAUGGAACCCUAAAGAUGCAGAAAUAAACCCUCAGUCUUUGAGGUGUCUUCCACCCUCUGAUUGGAGUUUAGAUGAAACUAUUCAAUGGUUCAAACUUCAAACUGAUAUUCAACAUCAUAGAAUUCCUAAUGUUCUCUGCAGGGAUCUUCUUGCUUCAACCCAAUUUCAGUUUUUGAAUCUCAUGAGAAAAUCUACAACUUUCAGAGAAGCAUCGCCAAUCCUCGAUAUUCUAGAAAAACUGUGGUCUGAAGUUUAUAGCCUACAGAUGGAAGAAAAGGAAAAGAUUGGAAAAGAAAGAAAAACAAGUUUCGGAGUGAAGCCUCGAUCUCGCUGGAGGCUGGAGAAUAAUGUUGAGGAGGAUGAUAAGAUCAUACAGGCUUUGGGAACCUCUAAAAAUAAGUUCCAGGAAAGAUUAAACCUAGGGUUUGAGAAGAAUAUUCCAAGAUAUGAAAGCAGAACAGAGAGCAUGAUGCAGCUUGAUUGGGCAGAGAAGGUGAAAGCAUCAGACCGAGCAGAGGCCAAAUUGUAUCCUGUUCUUAGUAUUGACACCAGGAAGCUAUCUAGCGAGAAUCCACGAAGAUUUUCCACAUGGCGACAUUCUCCGGAGAAAUAAUAUUUAAGUAGAGUUAAUAUCCAGAUUCCAGAUCAAUGCUUGAACUUGGUCGUUUGUUUUUACUUAAGAUAAGUUUAUUAUUCCUUUGAUAUCAAGCAUUGUGUUCGUACCUCGUAGGAAUACCUAAAAUUGACCCUCAACAUUAAAAAUGCCCGCAGUGGACAUUGAGAUCAAGAGAUCGGUAUUGUGAGAUUCCAAUAUAAAAGUUCCUGUCUCAGAAGUUCUUGAACUUAAAUUUGAUUCUUCUGGGAAUCCCAGUGAUUGUUGGGAUAACUUGAACUGAGGGAUAAAGCAUUUAUCCUUAAAUUAAAAAAGUGCCUGCAAUGGAAAUCGAGAUCAACCGUUCAAGAUUGACAAUAAUACUUCACUAAAAAAUUUCGGCCUCAGUUGAGAUAAAAUAUAUAGAUAUCAGAAAUAUAUAAAGUGACACGUUGAAAGCAAAGAAAAGUAUUCUAGAGAGAUAAUUAAAUGGUUUUUAGAGAGAGAUCACUUUUCAUUUUGAUUUUAGGUUGACAGAAUUAAUACAAAAGGUUUUCAAAGUCC